AGUAUCGCGGCCGCCAUCCGGCUGCAUGGAUAAGCCGAUAAUCUCGUGAUCGGCGGUGAUCUGCCCGCGUUCCGAUAACCGUUGUCGACACGAUGUUACUGAGGAAACUGAAAGAGAAAGAGAGGAAAGAGAGAGCGACGUCCCAAGACGCCUUCGUCGACGCGUGAAGAACGUUUACUACCACAUCAUACUACGCCGGUGGACCAGAGUGUCGCGUGGGUGGUUCGACCCCCCUCUCAGGAUCACACAAUCGUCGCCUGUCUUCCCGGUGACGUCACUGACACCCAAGAAUUAUCACUGUGCUUGUGAAAGACCCCCAAUGCCCACGCCGGUGUCACGAGAGGGUUGCCUCGAGUGCGAGUGGUCGGAGUGACCCCGGAUCCGGACAAUGCUUUCAGGAAAGGACACCGGAACGAUGUCGAUGGCAGCUCGAAAGGAUGCGGGGACAUAUCCUGAAGAGCGUUGCCCAAAGUGGAAUUGUCGACAAAUCGUAUUUCUCCCUACUCGAACGCGGCUGUGAACGAGAUCACGAAUUCCUCUCACGUCGAGCAUCGUUUCGAAUAUCCCUGCGACAGGAAAGAUAUCGAAAAGGAACAUCGAUCGUAAAAACUCCUGGGACUCCUUCGGCGAAACUCUCAAAGAACAAGACAAGUGGAAGACAAGUGUCUUGAUCGGGUUUACACGACGCCCACCGACGAAUUGUCCCUUGUCGCUCGAAAUGCGGAUCUAAUUUUGUGCGUCAUAAAAAUAGCACCUCUUCUCGAGAAAAAGAGAGACAAGGGAACCGCGAUGUUCUCGUAGGAAUAAUAAAUGAUCGGGAAACAUUGCACGGUGUAGAAAUCACGACGAAUUUGGAAGAAGGUAGGCGUGCGUAGCUUCAAUGACUCGCAUAAUCCCUGCCACGAAUGUUUUAGGAUCGGCUCUUUCUCUCUCCACGUGACGUAAUCACGUAUAAUGAUCCUCGCCGAUCAGCAGGAAAAGAUCCUUCAAUUGUACUUCUAAAAGUUUCACCUUACAAAGAGUUGUUUCUUCCUUGAAAUUCCUCUGAUUUUGAAUUUCACGAUGACGAUCAAACUAAUAUUAGCGACGAAGAGAUUUUCUCUGAUGAGUGGUGACGAAUUGGAUCAUCAUUUGAAACGCUGCCAGAAUGUAAUUAUUAAUAGCUAAUUGAAGGCACAAGAGAGAACUCGUUUAGAUUAUGCAACGGCGACAAAUAUAACCGGUAAUCCCGAUAUAACAAAUAAAUAAAACCACGUAUCGGUAACGCAUAUUCUCCAAAAAAUCUGGUUUAUGCAUAUCUGAACUUUCACUCAUAAAAAGAUCACAAGUCUUCUUACGACAAUUCCACAAUAAAUUCCUCAAAGAAAUGAAGAUAAAUUCAUAAACGAGCAACUCGCAGGAUAACUAAGAUCCUCAUUUGAUCAGCUUGACCGCCAAGAUGGGUUUACUGCUUUCAGUACUAGUUGGCUGUGUUGGCGUUCUGGAAUUACUAGCAUGCCUGAGACAUGCGUCCGAUGGCGUGGUGAUUAGCAUCAAUCCACCGACACCAUGUCUCUCGUAUCAUGAACCGGCAGACAACGAUGUGCAAAGCAUCCACGAUUCCCUAUGCAGCUUCAGCCAUUCGACCGCCAUUAGGCUUCCUCGUGGCGCCAAACACAAGCUCGAAAACUUACAUGAAUACAGUCUGCGAGUGCGAAGCGAGCUUCGAUCGCUCGACCGGAACUUCGACGGUCACAGCACAUUAUCGGAGUGCAGCACCAGAUACCUGCUUGGCGGUUCGAGGCCGGACUCGAGGCUCAGUCCGGAUUCAAGGCUGAGUCCGGAUUUUAGCGUCCUCGUGCGAGAGGACGAUGGAACGUGGUGCGUUCGCGACGCAGAUCGACACGGUCAUGAAGACAAGUACGACGAGUACGACACGAAGCGAGCGCUGGAGGAGCUCAAUGCGGAGCUGCGGGAGAGCCUCCGGCAGGUCGCGGAAUCGCUGGCUCCACCGAAGCCGGACAGAUAUGUCAGGGUACCGACACCGAUCCCGUUUGCUCACGAAGAGAAAUCUGCAGCAACCUCUGGUUCUUCGAGCGAGGUGGACACGUCCUUCGAUAAGGAUUCAGGCAACGAAGCGCUCACCAUGAGAUCCUUUGAUGGCUUGUCGGGUAUCAAACACUACAAGCAUUCGCGAUCCGCCUCGUCAGUUGAUGAGUCUGAACAUGAAGAAAGAAGAAUCGCGCGAAGGCCACCGAGAAAGUCUCCAUCGAGAUCACCAGGACCUUCGAAGAAGCCGAAGAGUGUUCAGAGUAUUGUUCUCAAAAAAGUCUCUCUGGAAAAGCUACCUGAUAAGUCUCAAAAAGCCGAUUCAGUCUCCACUCCAGCUGAUAACGAAACCGGAAGGACCUUCGUCAGCCAGAGGAAACCAAAGUCUGGCAAAUCCACCACGACAAUCCUGCGAAAGCCCACUAGACUAAAGUCGAGGAACGCGGAGAUCAGCAGAUCGGCGGAAAACCUGAGCGCCCAGAAGAGAUCAAAGAGAGAUCGCGAUCCCGAGCGUCGCAAGUCUGACAUAUCCGUGCAGACGGUGUGCGACCUGUUGCAUGACAUGUCGACGAAUACAUCACCGACUAGCAGCCCGCCGUUGUCCAGGUCGGACAGCAAGAAGAGCGUCUCGGUGGAGGUGCAGACCACUAUAGAGGAUAUGCUACUAGAUGACGAAGUCUUGGAGGAGCUGGAGAACAGGGUCGUCGGGCUCUCCGAGAGCCGGAGGGACGUCCUCUCGCGUGGCAGCUCUGCCAGGAAAUCGUUCAAGAGUCGGAGGUUCCGGUCCAGCUCGGGAGAAAAAUCGGACGAUCAGGAUGGAUGUACCUACAUGGCGAGCGACGUCGUCACUUCCGUGCAAAGAUCGCGAAGGGACAAGAGGUCGUUGAAGGUGUCCAGCUUCGAAGAUGCCAGCGAGGAGGACUACGAGAGAAUCAGGAGCAUUAUUUCCGAGUCGACGAAGGAGUCGAACGGUUGGCAACGGCGGAGCAGGAGGGAGGACUCGUGGUCGAAAUCAUCGAACGACGAUGACGAGUUCGUGGACGCGGAGGAUGUGAGUCCCAGAAGGCCGCCUAUACAGUACACGACACCCGACACCGAUCAGAACAAAGCAUUCUGGUUAAUUUUCAGUGGCGAAUACACAAAGGCGAUGAACAAGGACUGGCACAGCGGCCACUUCUGCUGCUGGCAGUGCGACGAAUCCCUGACAGGACAGCGCUACGUUCUCAGGGACGAGCAUCCUUACUGCAUUAAGUGCUACGAGAGCGUCUUCGCCAAUGGCUGCGAGGAGUGCAACAAAAUUAUCGGCAUCGACUCCAAGGAUCUGUCGUACAAGGAUAAGCACUGGCACGAGGCCUGCUUCCUCUGCAACAGGUGCAGGGUGUCCCUGGUGGACAAACAAUUCGGUAGCAAGGUGGACAAGAUUUACUGCGGCAACUGCUAUGACGCCCAGUUCGCCAGCCGUUGUGAUGGAUGCGGCGAGAUCUUCCGUGCAGGUACCAAGAAGAUGGAAUACAAGACCAGACAGUGGCACGAGAAGUGCUUCUGCUGCGUGGUCUGCAAGAACCCAAUUGGCACGAAGAGCUUCAUCCCGCGUGAGCAGGAGAUCUACUGUGCCGGAUGCUACGAAGACAAGUUCGCCACCCGGUGUGUUAAGUGCAACAAGAUCAUCACCAGCGGCGGCGUGACAUACAAGAACGAGCCGUGGCACAGAGACUGCUUCACCUGCAGCAACUGCAACAACUCUCUGGCGGGACAGCGAUUCACGUCGCGUGACGACAAGCCGUACUGCGCUGAGUGCUUCGGCGAGCUUUUUGCCAAGAGGUGCACCGCUUGUUCCAAGCCGAUCACCGGCAUUGGCGGCACUCGCUUCAUCUCGUUCGAGGACAGGCACUGGCAUAACGAUUGCUUCAUCUGCGCGGGCUGCAAGACCUCGCUGGUCGGACGUGGCUUCAUCACCGACGGCGACGACAUCAUCUGCCCCGAGUGCGCCAAGAUGAAGCUGAUGUAAAAGCGUGCGCGGACUUCACGAGAACGACGGCGGGAUCGACGGAGAAGAGCAAAGGGAUAGAAGGGACAAAGGGAGAGCAGGACAAACUUCCGACGCGAGGGGGAGAGAAUUCAAUCGAGCGGACUCCGCCGCGCGCCGUAACGAUACCGUCGCCGCGAUUUCACUCAGCGACUUCGAGAUUGUAGAAAUCGCGUAAGAAAACGCGAGAUAAAAAUAUAACAAAAGUUAUACAUAAAAAAAGAGGAAAAGAGAGAGCUCGAGUCGACGCGAAAAGUUCUGCCACACGCGAUCGAGAUGCGUCUUGACGAAAUUUUCCGCGCCGGCUUUCUCCCUCAAAAGGGAAAGCUCGAGAAUCCUCCGGCCAAGCUCUCGUCUUGGUCAGCGCAGUGAUUUCGCGGUCGCCGAUGAGAGGAUCGUUCGCAGGGAGGACGGACGGCGCGAGAGAGAGAGAGAGAGAGAGGAAAGAAACGCGAGCAUCGUUCCUAGCUUUUCGUAGUCGUAGUGACGUUAGUCUGUGUUCGUUGUAUCGUUCCACGUGUGUUUAGGAUCGCAACGGAGGGAAAAGCACGCGCGCGUUCGCGUGAUUACCCGUUCGAUCGUCGCGUCGCGAUCGGGAUAUCGAAGAGCGAAAGAAACGAGGAUAUCGGAAGAGAAAAAAAAAAGAAAGAAACGAUCGGCGAGCUGAGGAAAUCGAUGUGAGGGAAAAGAAAUCAAAUCGCCUUACUGUUAUUAAAAAAAAAAGAAAUGAUCGUCGAUACGAAACGAGCGUUUUCGAUUGGAGAUACACGAGUAUGAGUAAGCCUUAACGCACUCUCCACGUGCUCUCUCAUGUUGUUACUAAUAUUAAUAUCGUUUUCGCUUUGUACAAUGGUAGAGAGAUAUACGCGCGCGCGCAGAGAGAGUUCUAUAUGUUAUAUAUUAUACAUAGAUAUAUUCUUAUGGAGAACUAAAUUUGAUAUACGUAUAGCGACGUUAUUUCUAUUCGACUCCCACUCGCGAACACACGACGGUCCAACACGUACACGCACGCCACUGACACCGACAUGAGUUCAUUCUGCUGACACACCACAAUUUUUUCUCUAUCUUUUCUCUCUCUCUUUCUCUCUUUUCUUCUUCGUACGAGAUGCUGUACACCUCUCGUGUGUCUAACGUCCAAAUGUAAUACUACAAUACCCACAAUUAAUUUCUCGAACAUUAGCGGAGAAAUAAACUUCCGAGGGAAAACCGCUAAGUGACUUAGCGAUUUUUUAUAUGAUAAAUAAUCUGGACUUCAAUUAUCAUUUUAUUAAUUAUUCGCGAAAAUAAAUCGAUCCGCAACGUGGGUUAUUUCUCGAGGAGGCCGCUGAUUUUAUGAAAAUGUUGAUAAAGUGAUAAUAAUUAAUAUCUAUAAUGAUAUCUAUGAAUUCUUUCGAUUCAUCUUAAUCCUCCUCUCGUUCGACGAUGUCCUGCGGCUUUUUUCUCUCGUUUCAGUCUUUCUCUCCCUUUCUCUCGUCCGUCGAGAGAAAUAGGCGCGCAUCGUCGUUAAAGAUCCGUCAUCCCGUGUGAAUCGCGCGCGCACACACAUACACACAUGUCACACACGGAACAACACGGAUACACAACACAGACACACGUCAAGCAUUUUUUGCACUAACAUUAAUUAAAGAGAAUUUUAUUGAAAAACGAAAAAAAAAAGGGAAGACGACAGAGCGAAAAAAAAAGUAGGAAGAACACACACGUACUCACACGUACACACGCACAUACAGAGCGGUCGUACUCGCAAUACACAACACAGACACACGUAUGCGUACGAAUGUGUGCGGCGGACGCACGCGGAAACACUGUACUAUCGUGGCCUUAUCCGCACCGAGUACCGUAGGAGCUAAAAAGAAAAAGAUAAAAAAAAAGAGGAACACUAACGUCUUACAGUAAUUUUACGAGAUACUUAAUAUCAAAUCUAUAUUGUUAUACAACGUGAAACGAAAGUAAGUGCGGCGCGCGCGCGCCGAGCCUACGAGAACACGGGAACCUACUAGGUUCGGACCACCGCGAACGUUCGGACCUUCGAGUCGCGACCAAAAUGCAAGUCACACACAUGUGCUAUAAUACAUAUACAUAUAAUGUAUGUAUGUUCCCGACGGAGUCACUUACACACUAAUCGCCUUAAUUAGUAAACGAUAAAAAAGAAAGAGAUUAUUCUAUUAUUCAGCGUACCCUAUACACACUGUUACACAUUGUAAAAUUGAUAAAUAAAUAAAUGUAAUUAUUUACGC